AUGGCAGAUCGGGUCAGAGUGGGCAACACGAACAUACAAAGCCCGUUGAAUGGCUCUCAAUCUCAGACGAUGUCACCUAUCGGACAAGGGGGCAAUCCCUUUGAUAUGACGGCAGCGCUGAACGCCCUUCCCAAAGGAUCUGAGAACGGCGGGCGCCCAGACCAGGAAUUCUCAGGCAUUCGAAUCCGGAGACUUCCACACAAUUAUGACCACGCCCAGCUGAGAUCCUUGCUGACCUUUGCGGAGAAGCUGGAGAGUACGGAAUUCGUCGCAACAACCCCAGGCGAUCAAGGUUUCAAGACUGCGAUAGCUCGCUUCUAUAGCCUCGGUGCAGCCCAACAAGCGCAAUCUAUCUUGGAUGGGAAGCAGAUUGAUCCCGAAAAGCCGCGCCUAAUGAUAGACAUUUUGAGAAUGUCGCCGGGCAGCAUUGGCUCGGAACGACCAAGUUUUGAUCUCGCGGCAACUCGUGCUCACUCAGGAUCGUCGAACGGCUCUAGUUCCCUAUUCAGUGGCCAAUUUCAAUCUAUGAACCGCAUUUCUCCUCCUCAACCCAAUGGCUAUUCUCAGCCGCCAUCUACCAGUGAGCAUUACUUCCAAAAUGGUCGACAGCGGGUAUCAGGUAGAGAUGUCAUUGGUCAAGAUGGACCAGACGAGGAGACUUCGGAUCUACUGCGCGACCCCGUUGGGUAUGCCACGAACGGCAUGAAUGGACUAUCUCGACGCAACACCGGAAGUUCACGAUCCACGACUCAAUACAACAGCCUGUCCUUGAAUACUAGCAAUCCAUCGUCUCCACCUUUACCCGGCUACACUUCGCCUCAAAGCAACGGAUUUCGCAGUCCCGUGUCGACCAUGCAAUCGAACGGCAUUUCUGCACAGUCCUACCAGGUGCGCCACCAACAAUUUCAACGAACUCACAUGCCCCCGGUGAAUCCUGCAGACCAGAACCCGCCUUGCAAUACUCUUUACAUCGGUAAUCUUCCCAUCGACACCUCGGAAGACGAGCUUAAGCAAAUGUUCUCGCGAUGCCGCGGUUACAAGCGCCUCUGCUUUCGUACGAAGUCAAAUGGUCCCAUGUGCUUCGUUGAGUUCGAGGACAUCUCCUUUGCUACUAAAGCUCUCAAUGAUCUAUACGGGAUUCCUUUGCAUAAUUCGGGCAAUCGUGGGGGCAUCCGCGUGUCAUUUUCGAAGAACCCCUUGGGCGUUCGCUCAGGCCAGCCAGGCGGCAUGGGUGGGCCUCCGACUCCUCUCUCGCCAACAGGACAAUUUCCAGGUAUGAAUGGAGUAAACAUGGGAGCUUUUUCCACAGCGUCUGGCCCGCCUCCGGGUAUUCCGACCCCUCCCGGCCUUCCAAUGACAAAUGGAACGCAAAACAAUGUCAUGAGUCCAACCAGCCCUCCCUUCAAUACGCACGCUAUGAGUCCUACAGGUAUGGGGUACGGAAUGACAGGAAUGGGAGCGAUGAAUGGAGCGCCUCCAAUGAGUCCUUACGGAGCCGCUAACGGUGGCGGCGGUUGGUAUGGAGAUUAUGAAGAAAGUGGGAGGAGUCGGGCAACAAGAAAUCAUGCUUGA